AUGUUUCACAGCAGCACAGACGAGGUGACGCCUGGUGGUGAUACUCCAGAAUGCGUGGGGACUAGUUUUGCUGAUACUACAACAUCUUAUGGUCCACCUUCAGUUUCUUCAAAUUCCUCCCGCAUGAGUGUAGAUGAUGCCAGUACCAGCUCCAGUCAUGGCUCUUCAUGUCCAAGAAUGCCCACAGCAGGUCAUCUCCAGAGCCUUAGGUCACGUGUUGCAAAUCCACCUCUACUCACCUCAGACAGCACCUCCACUCAUAGUCGUGGGAGUACUCCAAGACUGAGGACCCCCAGAUUUGCGCAUGCUGCCAGAACACCACUGACUGACCAUACUGCAACAAGUUGUUCCUCUGCAACAUCAACAACUGGAGCAUCUGUAAUUGUGUCUGUGGUUGAGGGGCGGGGGCUGGCUAGAGGGGAAAUCGGCAUGGCAAGUCUCAACCUAAAAUGUCCAGAGCUAAUUUUAUCUCAGUUUGCAGACACGAGUACGUACUCCAAGGUUAUAACCAAGAUCCAUAUUCUUGUGCCCCUUGAGAUACUGAUGCCAGACACAGCCAGUGAAAAGGGAAAAGGGACAAAGCUUUUCAGUCUGAUUACCGAGAAUUUUUCGGGAGUGGCUUUUACUGCUAUUCAAAGGAAAUAUUUUAAUGAGCGAAAAGGUUUGGAGUAUAUUCAACAACUGUGUGCUCCAGAAUACAGCACUGUCCUGAUGGAAGUACAAUCUAAGUACUACUGUCUGGCUGCAGCUGCUGCUCUGCUCAAGUACUUGGAGUUCAUUCAGAAUUCUGUGUACGCCCCAAAGUCCCUCAAAGUCAGUUUUAAGGGGAGUGAACAGACUGCAAUGAUCGACUCAGCAUCUGCCACCAAUUUAGAGUUAGUUGUCAAUAACCGAGACCAUAGGAGUGAACAUACUUUAUUUGGAGUUCUUAACCACACACGAACAUCUGGUGGAGCUAGAAGGCUACGGUCCAAUAUUCUGGAACCUUUAGUUGAUGUUGACACUAUAAAUAUUCGCUUGGACAGCAUACAAGAAAUGUUGCAAAAAGAAGAACUCUUCUUUGGAUUAAAGAAUGCAAUAGGUCAUUUCCUUGACACUGACCAGUUGCUUUCUGUUCUUGUUCAAAUCCCCAAACAGGAAACUGUUCAAGUUGCUGAAGCAAAGAUAACACAUGUUAUUCAACUUAAGCAUACACUGGAUCUGGUGCCAUGUUUGCGAACAGUUCUGAAAGAGUGCAACACUGCUCUGCUAAAGGCAUACAGCACCUCCCUGGAAGACAACAGAUUUGAUAUGAUCCUAGAACAGAUCAAGACUGUGAUCAAUGAUGAUACAACGUAUCUGAAGGGGAGUCUGAACAUGCGCACCCAGAAAUGCUACGCAGUGAGGCCAAACAUCAGUGAGUUCCUGGACAUUGCCCGCAGAGCCUACACUGAAAUAGUGGAUGACAUUGCAGCACUAGUGAACCAAAUGGCAGAGAAAUAUGGCUUGCCGAUGAGAACAAGUUUCAGCACAGCCCGUGGGUUUUUUAUCCAAAUGAAGCUAGAUGGAAUGGUCUUCCAAAAUGGCAAACUUCCUUCAGAGUUCAUAAAGGUAACCAAGCAAAAGAACAACUACAGCUUCACCACUGUGGAUCUGAUGAAGAUGAAUGACCGCUGUGACGAGGCCCUGAGGGAGAUCUUUCAUAUGUCUUAUGUAGUGAUAUGCCAGUUACUGAGCACUGUCCAUGAGCACAUCCACUGCUUGUACAAGUUAUCUGAUGCCGUGUCAAUGCUUGACAUGUUGUUGUCACUGGCAAAUGCAUGCACCAUCUCUGACUAUGUGCGUCCAGAGUUCACAGACACACUGGCCAUCAAACAGGGCCGUCACCCUAUUCUGAAGUGGAUUGCUGGACAGCAGCCCGUGUCAAAUAAUACCUAUAUCUCAGAGAGCAGCAACUUUGUCAUUAUAACUGGACCCAAUAUGAGUGGCAAAUCCACUUAUCUCAAGCAGGUGGCUCUGUGUCAGAUUAUGGCACAGAUAGGGUCUUUUGUGCCUGCUGACUAUGCAUCGUUUCGAGUGGCUGAUCAGAUAUUCACUAGAAUAGGUGUGGAUGAUGAUUUCGAGACUAGUUCUUCCACAUUCAUGUUGGAAAUGAAAGAGGCUUUCACUCUGUUUGCCACCCAUUUUCUGGAGCUUUGCCAGCUGGAGUCCCUGUAUCCAAAUGUGGAGAACCAACACAUGGAAGUCCAACACACACGCAAUGUUGAAACUGGGGUGGAGAAUGUGGUCUAUGCAUACUUGAUUAACAGAGGAUGUUCUGAAGAAAGGCAUUAUGGCCUCAAAGCAGCAGAAAUGACUGCACUUCCUCCAGCUAUUGUCCAUGAGGCCAAGACAAUUGCCUCUAAUGUCAGUCAGCAGCUCAUGGCCAAGCAACAAAGUGAUCCUGAGACACAGAUCCAAAGGGCAGUGUACCACUUGGCCACACGCCUCCUACAGACUGCAAGGAACUCCAGACUGGACUCUGAAAGUCUGCGCAUGUACCUGAAAGGCCUGAAGAAGCAGUAUGAAGCAGGCUUACAGGCUGCAGAACAGCUAGCUGCAUCUGUGGAGACUGAAGAGGAAUGACUGAGUCAGCCUUAGUAUUGGGAGGGGCCCUCAAGUAUGUAGAAAUGAGAGCUGGGAAUUCAAUAAU